GCCGCAAGAUCCAAAGGAUGCUGCACAGCGUCAUCGUGACAACGGACAAGGCGAACGUGCUCCUGGCGCGCUAUUUCCAGCCGCUCACGACCGAGUCCAAAAGGAGCUUUGAGCAUGCUCUCUUCAAGGCGACCCGGUGGUCCGAAUUGACGUCGGCGUCGACGCAAGACGGCAGCGAAGCGGUGGACGUCCACCUCGUCGUGUGCGACGGCCAGUUUGUCGUGCACCGCAAGUUUGGCGACCUCGUCUGGUUUCUUGCAGGAAGCGGUGAAUACGAUGAGCUCAUAUGCCACGACAUCCUGACCACCCUACUCGCGGUGGCGGCGGUCCAUCUCGAGAAAAAGUGUACCGAAGCGUCGUUCCUCGCCAACCAUUCCAAGAUUCUCGUGUCGUUGGACGAGAUGGUGUUUCAGGGCCACCUCGACAACAACGACGUUCAGAGCAUCUUGCACAUGUCCAAGUUGAAGCCGUACCCAGUAAAAGCAUGAAAGCGUGACAUGACCCGUCUACAUCUCAUUCCAAGCAUCAGGACGGUCGUAUCUGGGACAGUUCUGCGGCGACGAGCCUCGUCCACACCGACGCAUUCGGUUUAGUUCUCCCCACACUGUAUCAUGGGAAGCAUGCCGUCGUGUGGAAGGGAUUCCGGU